CUCCCCAUCACCAGUAUUUCCUCUCCUUGGCGGACCAAUAACGCACAGUUUCUCCUUCCAUCUAUCUCUCAGCCAGCGGUCUCUUAAGGAACCAGAGGAUAAAAAAAACAAAGAGAUUUCUUUAUUAUCACGACAAAACAUUUCAGGGUUUUGGCUGCUUUCUUGGGAAGCUGUUUCUACAUAUAUAUAUAUAUUAUUUUUUUUUUCUCAUCUGGUUGAAUUUCCUCUGAGAUGGAAGUGAGAUGUCGUCCAGCGGUGAUGUGUUGUGUUUUCGCCGUCCUCUUCUCCGUGGUUCCCCGGUCGCUGGAGUUCUCUUUCGGGGACAGACAGUACCUGAACGAGUGGGCAGUGGAGAUCCCCGGCGGACUGGCCGCUGCAGAGGCGAUCGCCAAAGAGCUGGACUACAAACUGGUCCGACAGAUCGGGGCCCUGGAAGACCAUUUCUUGUUCAAACACCGCAAUCAUCCUAGCAGAAUGAAACGAAGCGCCAACCACAUAACCAGGCGGCUUUCGGAGGACGAUCGGGUGCUUUGGGCAGAGCAGCAGUACGAGAAAAGUCGGAACAAGCGAGCGUCCCUCGGGGGAUGCAGGGACUGCCCGGUGGACAAGCUGUUUGAUGAUCCCAUGUGGAACCAGCAGUGGUACCUGCAAGACACACGGACUUCUUCCUCGCUGCCGAAGCUGGACCUGCAUGUGAUCCCCGUGUGGCAGAAAGGCAUCACAGGGAAAGGAGUGGUCAUCACCGUACUGGAUGACGGCCUGGAGUGGAACCACACAGACAUCUACUCAAACUACGAUGCAGCAGCCAGCUACGACUUCAAUGACAACGACCCCGAUCCUUUCCCCAGAUACGACUCCACUAAUGAAAACAAACAUGGCACCAGGUGUGCUGGGGAGAUCGCUAUGCAGGCAGACAACAAUAAAUGUGGUGUUGGAGUGGCAUACAACUCCAAGGUUGGAGGGAUCCGUAUGCUGGAUGGGAUUGUGACUGAUGCCAUCGAGGCCAGCUCUAUUGGGUUCAAUCCAAACCAUGUGGACAUCUACAGCGCCAGCUGGGGACCCAAUGAUGAUGGCAAGACCGUGGAGGGCCCUGGCCGCCUGGCCCAGAAGGCAUUUGAAUACGGUAUCCAGAAGGGCCGUGGUGGGAAAGGCUCUAUCUUUGUUUGGGCAUCAGGUAAUGGUGGGCGCCAGGGCGAUAACUGUGACUGUGAUGGUUACACAGACAGCAUCUACACCAUCUCGAUCAGCAGUGCCUCCCAGCAGGGCCUGUCCCCGUGGUACGCUGAGAAGUGCUCCUCCACUCUGGCUACAGCAUACAGCAGUGGAGACUACACCGACCAGAGGAUUACGAGCGCUGAUCUGCACAACGAGUGCACUCAGACUCACACUGGAACGUCGGCCUCUGCCCCCCUCGCUGCUGGAAUAUUUGCCUUGGCUCUGGAACAAAAUCCAGAUCUUACCUGGAGAGACCUGCAGCACAUUGUGGUGUGGACCUCAGAGUUCGAUCCUUUAGCCAAUAACCCAGGCUGGAAGAGGAACGGAGCGGGGCUGAUGGUCAACAGCCGCUUUGGCUUCGGCCUUCUUAACGCUAAAGCCCUGGUGGACCUCGCUGAGCCGGCCACGUGGAAGCAUGUGCCUGAAAAGAAGCAAUGCAUCGUCAGAGAUGAUUCUUUCCAGCCUCGGGAGAUGAAAGCAGCGGGGGAGAUCACUAUAGAGGUUCCAACCAAAGCCUGUGCAGGACAGGAGAACGCAGUCCGCUCAUUGGAGCAUGUGCAGGUGGAGGCCAGCAUCGAAUACACCAGGAGAGGGGAUCUGCACAUAACACUCACCUCCCCAGCCGGCACCAGUACAGUGCUGCUGGCUGAGCGAGAGAGGGACACGUCCUCUAAUGGCUUCAGAAACUGGGACUUCAUGUCUGUCCAUACAUGGGGAGAAGACCCUGCUGGUACUUGGACCCUAAAGAUCACAGAUACUUCGGGCCGUAUGCAGAACGAGGGGCAGAUUAUGAGCUGGAAGCUGAUUCUUCAUGGGACAUCAGAGAAGCCAGAGCACAUGAAGAAAGCUAGAGUGUACGUUCCCUACAAUGCUGUGCAGAACGACCGCCGUGGUGUGGAACAUAUGGAUGACAUGAUGAAGGAGCCCACACAGGCCUAUCCACUUCCAAAGACUCCAGAGACAGGACAAGCCUCCUUUCCUUCCAACCCGGAGAAAGAGCCCAAAAAGCCCUCCAACAACUCCCCCUCCCUGGCCCUGCUGCGUCUCCUACAGACCGCCUUCAACAGGCAGACCCCGUCCCUGCAGCAGCCCCAGUCAGUAGCUAGGGCGUCCCCUGCCUGGAGGAAGCAGCAGCCGGGCCAGAGCCUCUCUCCUCCUGCAACAAGACUCCCACCUCAGACGUUGUACCAGGCUCUUGAUAUGAUCAACAAGUACCGAGGCACCGAGGACAGUGUCUACAGUGACUACACUGAUGGCUUCUACAGCACCAAGCCGUACAAGCACAGAGACGACCGACUUCUGCAGGCCCUGUUUGAGAUGAUAGAUAAUGAGCGCAUGUGAAGGCCUGGAGGAGAGGGGAGGAGGGGAAGAAGGAAGAGGAGAAGAUUGAUAUAAGAUCAGGUGGGAGCAUGGUUAUGUGUUGGUUGGGGAGCAGAGGAACAAGGCAUAGAGAAUAGAGGAAGCAGAGGAAGCAGAGGGAGGGGAUCGGGCACUGGACAAGGAGGAGAAGAGAAGAAACACAGGAAAGCGAACUUUUCCCCCCAAAAUGCUGCAUAUCUGAUAUUUUUUCCUUCAUUUGCCAAUAAGCAUUGAUUAAUUUAUUCUGUCAUGCAAAAUUUCCAGCCCACACGUGAUUCAAAACACAGACUAGUUUCGGGCCUCUCUGCUGCAAACUGUAUCUCCAUGUAGUGAAAGUGAAAGCAUUUAAAUCAUAAGAAAGGAGGGGUAGGUCUCAUCUCCCCUCUUUUCACUGCCUGCUCAAGCAUGCUACCUUUAGAUUAUAAGUUUUGUAUUAGUAUCUAUAUAUUAUCUAUAUAUAUUAUACAAAGACAAUGAUUGUAAUUUGGUUUUGAAAACAAUUGACAUCUAAAAUCUUCAAAUAUCUUUUAAAUAUCCUUUCCAUUUCUGUUCAAACUUAUAUGUCCUACAUAGGUUUAGUUUGAUUAUGUUUCAAAUUAUUAUGGGACACCUACUCACUUUAAAGCACAAAUUGAUCCUUAAACACAUUAAAAAAUAAAGCAAAACUUGAGAUUGUUUGAUUUGAAAUUUCAAAGGUUUGAACUGUGUUGACAAAAGAUUUAUUCUCAGGGUGUCAACAACAGAAUCCUAAGUAUUAAGAGAAAUAUAGAGAGUGUGAAAGAUUAUAUAUUCUAAAAGUAUGCAGAUGAGACAAUAAAGUUGUACCAAUACACUAUUAAAAAGAGAAAACAUAACCAACAUCUACUCUGGUAAUAAUUAACGACACAUGGAGAACUGGGAAGUCUUUCAGUUGGAGUAGUGAAAAAACCCAACAGAUUAAUCUUCUUGUGCAAUUUAUUUAAUUUUGUAUAAGUACAAUGCUGCAUUAAAUAAAAUAUUUUUCUAAGGAUCCUGAUAGUUUAUGGAAAUAAUAUAUAAUAUACAGCAUCAAACCCUUGAGCAGUUUAUUUUCUUGUGGCGUAGUUCACUCAACAACAGCAAAGUCAGUGUAGUUAUCAAAACUACAAAUGAACACUGCCAAAAUCUUUGCUGUCAAAAAGCUUCCUUGUGUAUUUCAGCGAAUGUGCAAAUGGCUAACAUGUUGUAUGAUCAUCUUCUGCAAUAUGCCAACGACAAACAGUUCCUUGAAUCCUGGACAGAUCAUUGCAUUAAAUUGACUUCUCUGGUAUUAUUUAUUUGAUAUUAAUGGACCUAACACAGAAAACUCAGAAACUGACCAGACACUCUGUAGAAUAGGGGCUCUGCACCUCAACCUUCAAGCACAUUUAUCUUGAACGCCUUAAUAUAUGCUGUAAUAAAUGUGCAUACUCAUCUCCACAAGAUCUAGAUCAAUUUACAGAUGCUCGUGUAAGUGUUUAUGACAUGAAUAUUUAUGAAUCCUCAAUGCAGAGUCUCUAUCCUCCAGCUUGGAACUGCCUGCCCCGCUUCUCUGCCAACAAGGUGACAGGAAAAAGAUGUUUGGGACAAUGCUUCACAUGCACCCUGUAAUUUAUCCAUUCUUUAGUGUAGCCCCCAUGCUGUUUUCUUUAUGUUUUUGUUUUAGACUGAUGCUUCAGUCCGACGUUGUUUAUUUAUGUUGCAAUUUCUGUAUGGAUAUAAAAAAAAAAAAAGAGAUUUAUCGUAAUAAACUGCAAAGUGACUUUUUGAAUCUGUUUGAGUCUCUGGCAGCC